GCUCUCCAGAUUCAUUUCAAAAAGACUAACAUUACAAGAAGCAUCCAAGCGUCUACCUCUCUGCAAUUUUUGCUCUUCCUCCUCUUUCUCUCUCUUCAUAUUUCGCGAGCAAGCAACCGCUUCCUUCUCAGUUCUCGCCUUGAGAUCUUCACCCUCUUCCAUCAGAAGCUGCCUCCCACUUUCAUUUGCCCUGCCCCCUUCUCCUUUAAAUCUCUCUCUGUCCCCCACCUCCCUCUCUCUCUCUCUCUCUCUCUCUCUCUCUCUCUCUCUCUCACGGUGAGGUGGGUUUUGUGGUGUUGGACGGAGAUGAGUAAAGCUGCUGGCUCACUGAGGACGCUCUGAAGCUCUCAGAAGGUGAAUUUAUGGAAAAUUUCCUCCUUUUUUAUCCUCUUUCAGUACUUCACUUUAAAUGCUUUCCAUGAUUCUGAUCAAUCACCUUUUCACAGCCUUUCUCUGUUCCUGCAGUAUAUCUGUGUCCACUCUGCGCUACCUCCCUUUAUUUCCCUCUCUUUCAUAUUCUCCGUUCCGCAUUCAAAUUACUUCUCUGACUCGCCCUCUCUGCAUCAAAAUAACCGAUCCAUGGAUUAUCCGGUGACUUCUUGUGAUCCCCAACUGCCAAAGCAUUUGCCGGUGGACCGGCCACGUCCCCUGAUGCUGAAGGAUUAUCUCAGAGACGAUCUCGGCUCCUGUUCAUCCAACGGCUUCAAAUCGCUGCCCCGGAGACAGUGCUGCACCACCACCGUUCGAUACUUUCUCGAGAUCGACGUCAAAGCCACCAGAGACUCCAAAAGCUCGAGCAAACUCCUCAGGACCAGAUCGAGGGCGACGGCUUCCACAAUCUCUGCUUUGCAGAGGGCUUCCGAGGCCGUGAUCAGCGCCGUUAAGAGCCUUCCGUUUCCCUCCGUCAGGUCCCAGGCCGUACGGAACAGGGGCAAAAAUGGCUUUCUUCCGAGAAGCAUCUCUCGGAAGCUGUUGCGGCGGAGCUUCUGGAGAAAAGCCGAGAAACGCGAAGCCAAGAUCGAACGGUGGAAAACGUUCCGUGAUUUGCUCGACGAGAAACAAAAGCCGUCCGAUCAAAACCCCCGCCCUCGCGCAUCCUCCACAACGACGACGACCACCACCACCAGCGCCACUGCCUCCACGACGACAACUUCGACGGCCAGCACCAGCAGCGCGAGUAAUAGUUGGUCCGACAGCGAAUUUACCGCGGAGUUUUUGCAGUGUUCGAGCGGUAAUUCUGAGUGUUCGACGGGUGAAAACGACGCCGUCGAGAGUCAAAAGUUUUUUCCGGAGGAUGAGCUGGUCAGCCCACCCGUGGAGGCAGCUCCUGCUACCGCCGGCGGUGAAGAAAACAGAGAGAAAGUGUGGCCACAGGAGGAAGAGAAGGAGCAAUUCAGUCCAGUGUCUGUGCUGGAUUUUCAAUUUGACCAUGAUGAUGAUGAUGAUGAUAAUGAUAAUUGUGCAUCCUAUGGGCCUACCCUAGACCUUUUAAAAGGCACUAAGCAAAUGCGAAACACUCGACGGGCUGAGAGCCUCGCUCAGCUGGAUCCAGUUGACUUGGAAAAACGAAUGGCACUAUUCGAGCUCGACGACGAAUUCUACGGAACAGCCCUGCAAUCUCGCUCAAUGUGCAGCCCAAAUUGUUACAUAUUCUUCAACCAAGAAGAAGAAGAUUUGGUUGAGCAGAAGGCCAGAGAGCUCCUUAAGCUCAUUACAAUUCCAGUGGGCAGCGUAAAGUUGAAGGCAGACAAUGUUUUGGUAGACUUCUUCGUGGAGAAAAUUUCUGGACACAAAAACCCAUUGUCGAGGAGAAGUGAUGGGUUUGGGUGCGAGCUGCUGAAGGCGGCCGAGAGUUGGAUGGAAGAAAAAUGCCGCGAUUCAUAUGAGGAUCAAUGCUGGGAAGUAAGAGGGAGCAGAAAAGCAUAUGUUGAAGACAUGGAAGAGGGAGGAUGGCUGGGGAAGUUGGAGGAAGACAGAGAAGAGGUGGCUUUGGUAGUGGAAGCUGGAGUUCUGGCUUCUUUAGUCAGCGAGCUGUUAGUUGAUAUUGUGUCUUCUUAGGGUAGCAUCUCACUACCUUUUGAGUUGAAUGUAGGGCAUUUUGACUGUUAUAUUAUUUAAAUCUUGACCCACAA